AUGGCGGACGCCCGGGGCAACCAUACAAAACCCAUCCCGGCAUUCUACUGUUGCUAUCUCCUUCGGUCGACUGUGAAGCCUAAGUCGAUGUAUAUCGGCUCGACGCCUCAUCCUGCCAGACGUCUAGCGCAGCAUAACGGUCUCGCCAAAGGAGGCGCGCGCAAGACAGCAAAUGACAAGCGACCAUGGGAGAUGGUUGUCAUCGUUGAGGGAUUCACUAGUCGCAUUGCUGCGUUACAGUUCGAGUGGGCGUGGCAGAACCAGAGAAAUUCUCGCCAUCAUGUUGAAUCAGACGACGACGAGAAGGCCAAACAUACUGCGUCCCAGUCUCGGAGCGAUCGAAACGAUGGCACAAAAAGGAAGAAACCGUGUCGCUCCCAUCGUCUAAAGAUAUCGCUGAGCGCGCAUCUGGGUACGUUGCAUACUCUGUUGCGGUCCACUUUGUUUGCAGGCUGGCCUCUGAAGAUUCGAUUUUUUGCUGCCGACGUGCACAGGGCGUGGCAAGCCUGGUGCGACCGUGUAGAUGGUUUUCUGCCGGAACACAUGGCGGUCAUUUCGGAUGGAAAUUGCCUUGAGACAUACAGGCAGCAUGGCGCUAGUGAUUACAGAGUAGGGAGCAUUCAAGGCGUCAAGUUCGACUACAGCAAGAUUGGAGAUUACGCGGAGAAGGCAGCAUUUCUGCUCGACAAUUCAGAGACUCUACAGUGCAAAAUCUGUGGGAUACGGGUCGUUCCAGACGCUGAAAUGGUGGUUGUCUGUCCAGAGGGUGAAUGCUAUUGCACCGCUCAUCUAAUGUGUCUAUCAAACGAGUUUCUGGAUUCUGCUAAUGACUCGGACCGGCUGGUUCCCACUUCUGGACCAUGUCCCGCAUGCCAUAAAACCGUCCAAUGGUCAUUGAUGAUGCAAGAAUUGAGCCUGCGGAAACGCGGUGGAAACCAAUGGCUGAAGGUACUCCGAAAGAAAAAGAAAGAGACGAAACGAGCCAACGCCGUUGCCAAGUCGAGAUCCAAAAAAGAUCAGAAAGCCGCCAGCGAAGAUUUGCCCGGAGCAACUGAACCAGCAGACCAUGAGGCGAACUACGACUCAGAUGAAGAUGCUCAGGAUGAUGUGUCUUUAGAUGAGAAUUGGAGUGAGCUUCUGGACCCCGAAUCGGAUUCCGAGCGCGAGGGUCCACCCAAAUCCCAGCAGGUACCCCCAAGGGCCGAGAUCGUCAUCCAAGAUAGCGACGACGAUGGGGACGAAAUCCCUGAAUGGUAG